CUUACCCAUGUCGCCCUCGUCGUACAACCUCUUGUUCUCAAACAUCGUGGUGGCGACCACAUCUACAUCUUGCAACACCCUGAACGGCCUACGCUGACAUGACCUCGGCCGUGCCCCCUGUGCAGGCGACUUCGGCACGCGAGAGGCUUGCUCAGCGUCUCAGCGCCCCUCCCCGAACCGUCAGCAGGAUCUGGGACUCUGAGAGAUGGUGGAUCGACCACCAGCCAUGGCUAGAGAGUUGCGGCUACAUGCUUCGACCCCGUUAUCGACCAGGCUGGGAGCCAUCUUGGCAUUCGAAGAAGGACAAGCGUGAUCGGGAACAGGCAGAGGACAGCGUGCCCAUGGGUUACCCGUUUCUAAUGGACGCGACCCGUAGAACUGACGGCGUUGUGGUCAUGUUGAAGCGUGUAGAUACAACGCGCCAUCCUACGGAAGUGGAGAUGACUGCAAGGCUCUCGUCUCCACCCCUUUCUUCCGAUCCUCGCAACCACUGCAUUCCUGUCUACGACGUUCUGCAGGAUCCAGAGGACGACAAGUACCAGCUCAUGGUUCUCCCCCUUCUUCGUUGCUAUGCAAGCCCUCGUUUCGAUACUAUUGGAGAAGCAGUCGACUGCUUUCGUCAAAUCAUACAGGGUCUCUGUUUCUUACACGAAAACAAGAUUGCCCAUCGCGAUAUCCAUCCGCUGAACAUCAUGAUGGACGCUUCGCCAUUGUACACGACCCCGUACCAUCCUAUUGAGCAGACUAAGCGGCGCGACUUCAAGGGCUUGGUUACUGCCUCCUAUACCCGCACGCAGCGUCCAGUCAGAUACUACAUAAUUGACUUUGGUCUCUCCGUUCGUUACGAUACCCUCGACCCGCCGCCUAUGGAGAUUCCCGUCCUCGGCGGCGACAAGACGGUGCCCGAGUUCAAGGGCAACGACCCAUCCAAGCGUUACGGCGGCCUCUCCAACCUGUACAAUCCUUUUCCUACCGAUGUUUACUGUCUCGGUAACUGGAUACGCGAGGAUUUUCUGGAAGGAACGAAAAACGAGAGGCUCAACGAAGUGCUUACGUCUAAGCGACUCGGCUUCGAGUUCCUUCGCCCGCUCGUCGAGAGCAUGACACAGGCAGAUCCCUCCAAACGCCCGACGAUGGACGAGGUGGCAGAGAGAUAUGAAUCUCUGGUCGCGACUCUUUCGUCGUGGAAGCUACGCUCGCGCGUUGCCAAGGAGAACGACAACCCAUUUUACAGUAUGUACCUCUCGACCACGCACUGGUUGCGUAGGGUCCAACUCGUGGUUUUGCGACGACCUGCUGUACCGUCUCCUACUCAGUGAAUGUUGAUUCGGAUUGGCA